AUAAACACGUAGGUGGGAGACAUUGGAGAGAGAGAGAGAGAGAGAGAGAGAGAGAGAGAGAGAGAGGGAUCUCUCCGCCGCUCAGCAAAAAUGGGUAUCUCGAGAGACUCCAUGCACAAGAGGCGCGCCACUGGGGGGAAGAAGAAGGCCUGGAGGAAGAAGAGAAAGUAUGAGCUUGGUCGUCAACCUGCAAACACCAAACUCUCCAGCAACAAGACAGUGAGGAGAGUCCGUGUCAGGGGAGGGAAUGUGAAAUGGAGGGCACUGAGGUUGGACACAGGGAAUUACUCAUGGGGUAGUGAGCAUGUUACUCGUAAGACACGUAUUCUUGAUGUGGUUUACAAUGCCUCAAAUAACGAGCUUGUCAGGACACAGACUCUGGUAAGGAGUGCAAUUGUUCAGGUUGAUGCAGCUCCAUUCAAGCAAUGGUACCUUCAGCACUAUGGUGUUGAUAUUGGUAGGAAGAAGAAGGGUGCUGCUAAAAAGGAUACUGCAGAGGGUCAGGAAGGAGAUGGUACUACAGAGGAAACAAAGAAGAGCAACCAUGUCCUUAGAAAACUAGAGAAGCGUCUGCAGAGUCAUAAGCUUGAUCCCCACAUUGAGGAGCAGUUUGGCAGCGGUAGGUUGUUGGCGUGCAUUUCUUCUCGCCCUGGACAAUGUGGUAGAGCUGAUGGGUACAUCUUGGAGGGAAAGGAGCUUGAGUUUUACAUGAAGAAGAUUCAGAGGAAGAAAGGCAAGGGUGCUGCUUAAUUAUUUUGUUUAUUUCCUUGUCAGAUUUAGAUCACCCUCUGUAGUUUUUCUUUGUCUAGGAGCAUGUGUUAUUUGAUUUGAUCACUAUUUGAUACAAUGUUCCCAAAUUUUGCUAAUUCUCUUUUAUGCUAUUAGAGAACCCUUCAGAUGUCUCUAUUUUCUUUUGGACGA